AUGGCUGCGCACCGGCGCAAUGACGCCCUGAUGUGCCUCAUAUUCCCAGCAAGUUUAGGAGAGUUGGGCCUGAAAUGGUUCGAAAGGCUUCCAGAGGAGAGUAUCGAGGGAUGGCAGCAACUAGCGAAAGCCUUCGUCACCAGAUUCAAAACCAACACUCGAACGUCAAAGAAGGUCAACCAUUUCCUAGGCGUCAAGAUAGAGUCUGGAGGUUCGCUGAAGGCGUACAAUGCGAAGUACUGGAAAAGUUACAACGAGAUCCUCGACUGCCCUACCAAUCUGGCCAUUACUCAAUACAAGCGUGGUCUCCCAGUCGGACAUAGGCUGCGAGAUUCGUUUACGAUGCACCAACCCGCAACCAUGGAGUCCUUAAUGCAACGAAUCAACGAACACAUCCGUGGGGAGGAUGAUGCCGCUUCCGCAACCGAGAAGGCUAAUCCGGUCGCAGCGGACAGAAGAAUGGCGGGAAAGGUUCACUCGGUGGGGCAGGAGGAUAACCGCCUGAACGACCGAUCAAAAGAUCAACGUCGUGGCUCAAACCGCGAUGAUAGAAGCAAAGGUUGCAGAAACGACCGAGCUAACGCUCAUUGCAAUGAAAAGGAAGAUGCUAAGAGAAAAUUGAAAGUGCGAACUGGUAUCACCACAGUCUUUAAAAUCCCUAUUUACCGCAUCCUGAGUGAAAUCCGAGGUGAACCAUUCAUUCGUUGGCCGGCCAAGUUGGGGAAUACACAGAGGGGCUCCAACUCAAGAUAUCGUUGCACCUUCCAUAAAGAACGGGGGCACCGGACGGAGGACUGCUUGCCGCUCAAACAACAUUUGGAGGAGUUGGUGGCGGCGGGACAUCUGGACCAAUACAUAGAUGGGG